AUGGGGCAAGCCCAGCGCCCGGAGGGGGAGCCGGCGCCGCUCCUGGGGAGCGCCGUGCAGCCGGCCCUGCUGCUCUCGUGCGCGCUGCUGCUGCUGCGGCUGCGGCCGCGGAGGGGCGCGGGGGCCCCCCCGGGCCGGGCCCCCCCCGGGCCGCCCGGCUGGCCGCUGCUGGGCAACGUGGCGCAGCUGGGCCGCCUGCCCCACCUCACCUUCUGCGAGCUGGCGCGGCGCUACGGGGCCGUGUUCCAGCUGCGCCUGGGGCUGCGCGCCGUGGUGGUGCUGAACGGCGAGGCGGCCAUCCGGCAGGCGCUGGUGCAGCGGGGCGCGCUCUUCGCCGGCCGGCCCGACUUCCCCUCCUUCCGCCUGGUGUCCGGCGGCCGCAGCCUGGCCUUCGGGCGCUACUCGGAGCGCUGGCGGGCGCAGCGGCGGGCGGCGGCGGCCACGCUGCGCGCCUUCUGCACGGCCGGCGCGCCCGGGCUGCGCCUCUUCGAGCGGCACGUGGCGGCCGAGGCGCAGGAGCUGGUGGACGGGCUGGUGGCGCUGGGCGGCGGGGGCGGCUACGGGGACCCGGCGCCGCUGCUGACGGUGGCCAACGCCAACGUGAUGUGCGCGCUGUGCUUCGGGCGGCGCUACCCGCACGGCGACGGCGAGUUCCGGGCGCUGCUGGGGCGCAACGACCGCUUCGGGCAGACGGUGGCGGCGGGCAGCCUGGUGGACGUGCUGCCCUGGCUGCAGGCCUUCCCCAACCCGGUGCGCCGCGUCUUCCGCGACUUCCAGGCGCUCAACCGCGAGCUGCACGACUUCGUGCGCGCCCAGGUGGCGCCGCACCGGCGCACCUUCCGCCCGGGCGCCGCGCCGCGCCACAUCAGCGACGCCGUGCUGGAGCGGCUGGAGCACGGGCCCGAGGCCCGGCGGCGGGGCCUGGCCGGCGACUGCGUGGAGGGCACCCUCACCGACCUCUUCGGCGCCGGCCAGGACACCACCUCCACCGCCCUGGCCUGGGUGCUGCUCCUCCUGCUCAAGCACCCGGCCCUCCGGCGCCAGCUGCAGGGCGACCUGGACCGCGUGGUGGGCCGCGCCCGCCUGCCCGCCGCCGCCGACCGCGCCGCCCUGCCCCGCCUGGAGGCCUUCCUCUACGAGGCGCUGCGCUACAGCAGCUUCGUGCCCCUCACCAUCCCGCACGCCACCACCGCCGACGUGCUCCUGGGCGGCUUCCGCAUCCCCAAGGACACGGUGGUCUUCGUCAACCAGUGGUCCGUCAACCACGACCCGCUGCGCUGGAAGGACCCGCACGUCUUCGACCCGGCGCGCUUCCUGGACGCCGGCCAGCAGGCCCUCGACCGCGACCUCGCCUGCCGCGUCCUGCUCUUCUCCCUGGGCCAGCGGCGCUGCAUCGGCGACCAGCUCGCCAAGCUGCAGCUCUUCCUCUUCACCGCCAUCCUCUUGCACCAGUGCGACCUGCAGGCCAACCCCGCCGAGCGCCUCACCAUGGACUGCGAGCACGGGCUGGCCCUCAAGCCCCUGCCCUACACCUUGGCCGCCACAAGGCGAGGCCCCCGCCCACACCCCCAGGGGGAGCGGCCCGCAGGAGUCGCCGGCGCUUCCUCCUAG